CUCUCGGCACUGUCGCACUCAUCUUCCUCUAAUCAGCCAAGUAGCCAACCAAAUACGAAAGCUUUUUUCUUUUCUGGUGCUCCGAUCCUCAGCAGUGGACGACGAUGCAGCAAGCUGUGGUCUCCAACCUGCACGCCAUCACCACCUCCCCCGCCGCUCCAAGAAGUAGGUUCACAUGGACCAGCAGCCCAUCCUGUGUGGUGGUGCCGAAGAGAGGCUCCGUGAAGGCGCGGUCCAUGAGGAACGGCUCCACGGAUAGCCUGGACCACCUGCAGCGGGCGUCCAAACCCAGGCAGCAGCAGCAGCAGGCGAGCCCUCCAAUUCCAAGGAGACGCCUCAUCCAAACCACUCCCUUCGGGUUAUGGGACAGCUUCCCGGAAGCGAGGACGCUGGACCAGAUGGUGCGCACCAUGGAGCGCAUCAUGGACGGCGAGGGCGACGACGACGACGGCCGGGUCCUCGUCGUGCCGGCGGCGGUGGCGUCGAGCGCGGUGCCGCGCGCGGACGCGGGUAGCAACGGCGUCGCUGUGCCUGCAGCAGGAGGAGCCUCGGGCGCGGCGUACCGGCGGCGCGGCGGGCGGACGCCGUGGGAGGUCAGGGAGCGCGCGGGGGAGUACCUGGUGCGGUUCGACAUGCCGGGGAUGACGCGGGAGGACGUGCGGGUCAGCGUGCGGGACAGGACGCUGGUGGUGACCGCCGAGAAGAAGGACGACGCGGCGGCGGAGGAGGAGGGAGGGGAGGGAGAGCCGUGGCCGGCGGCGAGCUUCGGGCGGUACAGGACGCGGUUCGAGCUGCCGGAGAACGUGGACGUGGAGAGGAUCGCGGCCGAGGUGAGGGACGGUGUGCUCUACCUCACCAUCCCCAAGUUGUCAGCCGGGGGCAAGGUCGUCAACAUCCAGGUGCAGUGAAGUGACCAGCUCCAACAUCAGCUAGCACCUUCUGGAUGGAGCGAGCGGCAUGCAUCUGCACCGCUGUUUUAUUGAUACAAGAACUUGAGUUUGCUGUAGCUAAUAUUAACAUUGUAUCAGUAAAAUUAAGUAGGCCCUGUUUGGGAGCAUUGCAAGUUUUUGCGCCUGUAAUCCUAUUCCACCUGUAUUUUCUUGUGCAUACCUCCGGAAUGUAAGAUUUUUAUACCUCUGGAAAAACGUUGUUUGGGUAAA